UUCUUUAAAUUAUUUGAGGAUAUGGUUUUGGAUAAAUUUGUUGAUAGAAAAUUUUAUCAACACAGUGGAUUUUCUAAUUUGAACGGCAGCAAAAAUAGCGGAAAUGUUGAUAGCAAUACAAAUAAUAAUACUUCAUUCGCUUCCUUUUCAACUGUUACAGGAUUUCCGAACAAUUUUCGAUCUGGCUUUAAUAACAAUGGUCCUUAUCAACAGAGGGCAAUACUUUUACAAAGUCCAACUAAAUCUUUGGAUGACUUUGGGGUUGAAAGAAGAUCACCUUCUAUUCAGAGAUGUAGCGGUGGUUUAAUUUCUUGUUGUGAGCCAACAUUAACAGCAGUUGUUGCUUCUACAUGUGGGAAUCCUGCACUUUGUGAUCCAAAUGAUGAACAUCAUCAACGACUUUUUUCUCCAAUAAUUCAGCUAGAAGAAAACACAUUAAUGAGUGAACACUCAAAUGAACCAUCAGAAAUUCGUUUUAAUGAUCAUGCCUUUUCAAUUCUUCAACAAAUGGAGAAUGAAUCUAAAAGGCCACAUGUCCUCUCACCUGUCCGUUCUAUAUCCGUUCUCGAGGCUGGCAUUAGCAACCUUGAACAACAACCAGCACCUAUUAGGCGUUAUCGACCAUUUUCUCCCCAUUCUUCGGGAAAGUCAAACCAACAGCAAAGACCAAAAAUAGCAGAUCGUCGCCGUUCGUCUGCUACGGUUCCAUUGGCCCGCUCGAAAGAAGAAUUGGAAAAUUUACUCGUCCGUAGUGUUCUUGUUGAAGCGGGGAUUGGUUCAGAAUUUAGUUCUGUUGGACGUCUUAAACCACAUUUGGUUUGUCCACAUGGUUUUCAAAAUUUUUUAGAAGUACCUUCGACACAUAUGCUCGUUUUUGGUAAUAAUAAUAACCAAAUAUUGACAAAUUCAAGCCUACGAACAAGUGUUCCACCUUUAGCACCAAAAUCUUCAACAGCUUUUGUAGUUACUAGCAGGCAAAGACGGCAAACAAUUGUAACAACUUCAACUAUUCAUAACGAGGAACAGAUACAAGUUCCUGUUGAAAUUGGAACUUCCCUCUCUUUGGAUGAUUCUUUAAUUAAUUCUGUAGGUGCCAAAAACCGAGAUGCAUUGGUUAAUUCAAAUAAUUCAUUUGUCUCUUCCGAAGAAUGUACUGAAAGCAGAAACUCUCAAAAGAUGCGCAGAGUUAGAAACGAAGGAGAUAUUAUCAAUGAAACCGUUACUUUUGCACAAAUCCCAUGUUCUUAUAAAGGCUGUCAGAAAACAUUUUCAAAUAAAAGUUCAAUGCGCAAACAUCUCCAAAUUCAUGGGCCCAGACAACACGUUUGUCAGCAAUGUCAUCGUUCAUUUAUAGAACGUUCUAAAUUAAAAAGACACUUACUGGUCCAUUCGGGCGAGAAGCCAUUUGUUUGCAAUUUUGAAGGAUGUACUAAGCGAUUUUCUCUUGAUUUCAAUUUACGAACACAUAUUCGGACAGUUCACACAAACGAUUCAGCAUAUCCUCGACAUAAAUCUAAAGGAACUUCAACAAAAUUUAGAGAGACGAGAGGUGAUGGUUUACCAAAACAGAAGCAGCAAGGAUCCGGUAUAUAUUUAACUUAAAGAUUUGCCCAAUGUCGGAUUUCGGAAGGGAGUAUAUAUUAGUGUGCGCUAAUCCUUUCGUCUAAACGCUAAAUUUUCACAAAUUCCAUGUUUUACAUUUUAUAAUCUUACAGCUAAAGAGGAAUUUUAUUUUUUAAAUUAUUCUCAUCCCCCCUUCUCCAACUACAACCCCAAGCUUCCAGAAUACGUCAUUGUU